AUGGCCCGUGGCCCCGCUCGGACCAGCCCGGGACCGGGGCCCCAAGUGCUGCCGCUGCUGCCGCUGCUUCUGCUGCUGCUGCAGGACGCGGGCGGCAGCCACACGGCCCCCGCCCGGUCCGCCCCGCCCGCGGCGGCCGACGGCCUGGCGGGGUACAAGAACCCCCAGCGGUCUCCAGGGGACGCGGCCGCUGCUCUGGGCCCCGGCACCCAGGACAUGGUCGCUGUCCACAUGCUCCGGCUUUAUGAGAAAUACAGCCGAAGGGGCGCGCGGCCAGGAGGGGGCAACACAGUCCGCAGCUUCCGGGCCCGGCUGGAAGUGGUCAACCAGAAGACCGUGUAUUUCUUCAACCUGACUUCCAUGCAGGACUCGGAAAUGAUCCUCAUGGCCACAUUCCACUUCUACUCGGAGCCGCAGUGGCCCCGGGCACGCGAGGCACCAUGCAAGCAGCGGGCCAAGAAUGUAUCCUGCCAUCUGCUGCCCCCGGGCCCGCCAGCACGCCAGCAUCUGCUCUUCCGAAGCCUCUCGCAGAACAUGGCCACGCAGGGGCUGCUCCGCGGGGCCAUGGCCCUGCUGCCCCCGCCACGGGGCCUGUGGCGGGCCAAGGACAUCUCCCCCAUCAUCAAGGCGGCCCGCCGGGAUGGCGAGCUGCUCCUGUCCGCCCAGCUGGAUUCUGGGGAGGAGGACCCGGGGGUACCCAGGCCCGGCCCCCACGCACCCUACAUCCUCAUCUACGCCAACGACCUGGCCAUCUCAGAGCCCAACAGCGUGGCAGUGACACUGCAGAGAUAUGACCCCUUCCAGGCUGGGGACCCAGAGCCUGGAGCAGCCCCCAACAGCUCGGCGGACCCCCGAGUGCGCCGGGCCACGCAGGCCACUGGGCCGCUCCAGAACAACGAGCUGCCGGGGCUGGACGAGAGGCCGGCACAUGCCCCCCACGCCCAGCGCUACCACAAGCACGAGCUGUGGCCCAGCCCCUUCCAUGCACUGAAGCCUCGGCCGGGCCGCAAGGACCGCAGGAGGAAGGGCCAGGAUGUGUUCAUGGCCUCCUCGCAGGUGCUGGACUUCGACGAGAAGACGAUGCAGAAAGCCCGGAGGAAGCAGUGGGACGAGCCGCGGGUUUGCUCCCGGAGGUAUCUGAAGGUGGACUUUGCAGACAUCGGGUGGAAUGAAUGGAUCGUCUCACCCAAGUCGUUCGACGCUUACUACUGCUCAGGAGCCUGUGAGUUCCCCAUGCCCAAGAUCGUCCGCCCCUCCAACCACGCCACCAUCCAGAGCAUCGUCAGGGCCGUGGGCAUCGUCCCGGGCAUCCCAGAGCCUUGCUGCGUUCCCGACAAGAUGAACUCUCUUGGGGUCCUCUUCCUGGAUGAGAACCGGAAUGUGGUUCUGAAGGUGUACCCCAACAUGUCUGUGGAGACCUGUGCCUGCCGGUAA